GCAACGAACAAGUCUCUUCGUUCCACUUCCGUUUCACCUCGUCGUCAUGGCCAUCGCCAAUUCGAACACGAAGUCUGAGCUCGUUCUGGACGGCGAGUCUCUCUGUGCUGAAGACCUGGUGCAGCUGUCCAAGGGAGACACGAGAAUCUCGCUAAGUCAAGAAGCCUGGAAGCGCGUGGCUUGUGGCCGUGAGGUCGUGGACAAUAUCCUCAAGGACAAGACUCGUGUGGCGUACGGUAUUAACACGGGCUUCGGACUCUUCUCCAACGUCAUUAUCGGCCCCGAGAAGCUCACAGAGUUGCAGGAAAACCUCAUCCGCUCGCACUCGUCUGGCACAGGCGAGCCGUUGACAUUCGCUCAGACGCGUAUGCUGCUCGCGCUGCGUAUCAAUGUAUUGGCUAAGGGACACUCGGGGAUCCGUGUGCACACUCUGGAGCAGCUAAUAGACGCCUUUAACGCCGACUGUCUGUCCGUGGUGCCAGCCAGAGGCACUGUGGGCGCCUCGGGCGACUUGGCUCCGCUAGCACACCUUGCACUCGGUAUGAUGGGUGAAGGACCCAUGUGGGAUAAGGUGGAUGGUCAGUUCGUCAUCAGCGAGGCCUCCAAGGUCCUGGCCAAGCACGGACUGAAGCCUGUUCAGCUCGGAGCAAAGGAAGGUCUGGCUAUGAUCAACGGCACACAACUCAUCACGUCGGUGGGUGCUGAGGCGGUUGUCCGUGCUCAGAACGUCGCUAACUGCGCUGAUAUCGCCGUCGCAUUGACACUCGAGGUGCUCUGCGGUACUGUCAACGCCUUCCACCCGCGUAUUCAUGCAGCCCGUCCGCACACUGGCCAGAUGCUCGUUGCCUCGCGUAUUCGCACACUACUACGUGCUGACAACCCGUCCGAGCUGUUCCGUAGCCACAACUACGAAGGAAAGGUGCAGGACGCCUACACUCUACGUUGUGCGCCUCAGGUGCACGGCAUUGUGCACGACACGAUCAACUUCGUACGUGGUGUGCUGGACGUCGAGAUGAACAGUGCCACAGACAACCCCAUGGUCUUCACGGGUAGUGCCGAGGUCACGACGGAUCUGUCUCCUUCAAUUGACACGAAUCAAGUCAAGCCCAACAUCGAACAGGUAGAACACGAGAUCACGGAUCUGAAUGACGCCAAGGAGGAGAUCAAGCGUCUUAAGGCUCUUGUUGCACAGAAGCAGAAGCCUGUGGAACACCCGGCGGCGGGUAUGAAGCGCACAUCGGACACGUUCUACCGUGGCGGCGGUGGCUUUGUCAUCUCUGGCGGCAACUUCCACGGCGAGUAUCCGGCUAAGGUGCUGGACUACCUGGCAAUUGGUAUCCACGAGAUUGCUAGCGUUAGUGAGCGUCGUAUUGAGCGUCUAGUGAACCCAACGCUCAGCAACCUGCCGGCUUUCCUCGUGCCAGAGGGCGGUCUGAACUCGGGUUUUAUGAUUGCUCACUGUACGGCAGCCGCUCUGGUUUCGGAGAACAAGGUGCUCACACACCCGUCGUCGGUGGACUCGAUCUCUACGAGUGGAGCCAAGGAGGACCACGUGUCGAUGGGAGGCUUUGCUGCUCGUAAGGCGCUUACGGUUGUGGAGCAUGUCGAGACUGUAGUUGCUAUUGAGAUUCUGGCAGCGUGUCAAGCCCUUGACUUGCUGCGUCCGCUGCGUACGACGGAGGCUCUUGAAGCUGUCCACGGACUGGUACGCACCCGCGUGGCUAGGUUUGACAAGGAUCGCUUCAUGAAGCCCGACAUUGACGCCGUGCUGGACCUCGUUCGUAGUGGAGCUAUCUGCGACGUUGUAGCUCCGUUCUUGUCAAAACUGCACGUGUCAGGACUUUAA